GCGAGAUGGCAUUAGCUAAUUUUGCUAAAAGCUACCUAAUGUGAAGUUAUUGUGACGAAAUGCUAACCCCCAGGCCUUUAACUACUCAACAAGUAUAGCAAACUGACGGUGGGACUGAGAAGUGUAUUCUGAUAGGCCUAUACUAUUUGGCUAACUCAUGGGUUCCCAAACUGUUUCAAUCGGGCCCCCCUUCCAGCACUGGGGAACAUCCAGCGCCCCGCGGGUGCGCACGCGCCACCUUUAUUUCUAGGGGCACAAGCAGUGUUCAUGAAACUGUUCACUACCCUCAUCUUGGUAGAGAGAAUUUUUGCAUUUUUAAAACUUAUUUCCUGCAAUUCUUUACGUUUUGCUAUGUCUAAUGUUAGUCGUGAUAUUUGAGUGACUAAAGAAUUACAACAGUAUUUGGUCUGGAAUGCAGCAGCCCAGCAAUCUUCUCCUAAGAAGAAUGUCUUAAACAUUGCAACAAUGCCCCUUAUAUUGUAGCUUUAUAGGAGGAACGGCUUAGGCAUCUGCUUUCUGCUACAAUGAACCAAUUGUGACCAUUAAAUGACUGAGGCUUCACUUAACUGUUACUGCACUGCUGUUAACCACAACGUUAUCAAUCUGACAACGGUGGUUGGGGUAGUUCAACAGGUUGAUGCAUGAACUUGUUUCAACUGUGUCUAGAGCCACAAUAUGAUUUAGACCCAGGAAUGUGUAUGAGCAGGUGUGUGUGAGUGUAGCCUAUAUAAAUGGGGUGUUACACAAUACAAGUCUCCCAAAAGCAGCAAGUGAAUUCUUGGUCGAUAAGAUAACACAGCCUUCACCAUUAGACACUCCUGAACUAUAAGGAGCCUUUGCCCCACAAAAACUCACCCAAGGACCAAAGGAGAAUAGUAUUAAAUUCCCCCCACUUAACAGGGUUUCCAAAAUUCCAUUACGGUCACAGCCCUACAAACACACAGCUGAAACCUACAACAUUAGGCUAAUGGAGGUUGAGGAACUGAAGGGGCGAAUCCAAGAGUAUGGUGAUGAAGGCAGAGAGGAACCUGUUUCUCUGACCCAGCUGGCUCUCAGUUCCACACUAGAACAUGAGGGUUUGUUAAGUAGCGGAGCCCCUCUCUCCAGCCCUGAGGACCACCAUCCCCCUGACAUCGACCAGCACUGGAGCCAAUUCCUGUCCCUGCCCAUCUAUGAAUUUGACCAGCUGUCUGACCUCGACACCGACAUCUCCAGCGCCAUCAGCCAGGAUGUCAGUCUCCGUGAUGCCAUGGUAACAGGCUCCGUCUACGACAUGAUCCCCCCAAGGGGUGGAGUCAGGACCCUGGUGGCACGGCAACCAAGAGGGCCCCUCUUCCGACUCGAGUCCACAAACUCCUCCAACUCGUCGCCUGGUAUGACGACAGGGCUGGCAGCACUACCGAACGCUGCGGUGGUCAACGGAACACGAAAUGGGUCAUCGUCCCAUGGUGCACUGGAAGGCUGUUUGGAUGAGGCAGUGUUUGACCAGAUAAACCUCCUGGGGCUGGGUGGCUGCUUGGAAACCAUGGACGCACAGCUGCUGGGGAUUCUACAGGGCAUCGACCCUCGUGUCCUGGAGGACCUCGACUCAGACUCCGGCCUUUCUCUGGAGAGCAGCUCUCGAGGCCCAGACUCCCCAAGUGCGUCUGAGGUGUCAUCAUCGUCUUCCAGUUCGUUUUUUGAGGACGAGGGUGGAGCUACGGGCUACAGCAGUGAGGUGGACUCCCUCCCCUCCAAGAGCAUCGCCAACUAUGACACAUGGUCGCCUGUGGAUUUCAGCGAGAGUGUGUGGCACGACCACAGCUACUCCUCCGCAGCCUUCUCCCAACCGUCAGCCACCACGUUCCCCCACAAAGCCAUCAAAGAGGAGCCUUUCAGCGACGAAGACGGGGAAGAUGACGAAGACCGGGAGCUUAGCCGCGACGAACUCCGCACCCGGGCCCUGCAUGUCCCGUUCUCUGCGGCGGAAAUCGUCAGCAUGCCUGUGGAGGAGUUCCUGGAGGUCUUGGAGGGGCGUGGCCUCUCGCCCGCCCAGGUUGCCUUCCUGAGGGACAUCCGGCGGCGAGGGAAGAACAAGCUGGCGGCGCAGAACUGCCGCAAGCGCAAGCUGGAUGCCAUCACGGGGCUCCAGGAGGAGGUGGAGAGGCUGCAGGCCCAGAGGAGCAGGUUGCUCAGGGAGAGGCAGCACACGGCCAAGGCUCUUGGUGCCGCGGGCCAGCGCAUGGAGCACCUCUCCAGGGACAUCUUCUCCAGGCUGAGGGACGGCUCAGGACGACCCCUGACCCCAGAGAGAUACACCUUGCAGUGCGAGGCCAACGGGAGGGUCGUGGUGCAGCAUAUCAGGCGGCCUAGUGUUGCCACGACGUCAGCUGGAGGUAAACCGGACAAAAGGAAGAAGGAGAAGAAGCCUUGAUGCAGCAAGGGCUGCUGGCGCUUGAUACUUUAAGGGGUGUUAUUGGUUUUUUUCUGAACUUACAGGCCAGAUUCUGGUCUUGUGACUGUUUCCGGAUCUUUCUCUUCCUCCUUGUCUGGACUCUCCGACCUUGGGAGCCUAAAAGGGCAGAUACUUAUGUUUAAAUAAAUACACCCAAAAACGUACAUGUAAAUACAAAUAUUACAGAAUGGAGAUUUUCUUUUCUAGAAAAAGAAACGUACCUCAAACACUGGACUCUUAACGUUUUCCUCACUAUGUAAAGGAAAGGGUUGUAUUAUCAUUAAAGCAUUUCUUACAAGGAGGACAUAUUGUUGUCCUGAGGAUGUCAGGCUGCAGUAUCAUUUGUAUAGUUCCUACAAAAAUAAAUUGUAGGCCAGUUAAAAUGAAAAACAAAAUGCCAAUUCUAUAUCUUAAAGGGACACUUUGGGAUUUUGGCAAUGAGGCCAUAUAUCUAUCUGAGAAAAUAAAAUACAUCUACUUCUCCAUAGUCAGACCAGCUCGUGGAUACCAUGUGUAUAUCUGUGUCCUGUAUGAAGGAAGUUCGCAUUGGCUUGUGAAACUAUCUCUAACUAGUGUUAGCUCAAUGACUGGAAGUCUAUACUAACAGAUACCCAUAGACUCGUUAGCAAUUACGCUAGCGCUAGUUAGCGGCUAACUUCAGACUGCACGUAAAGACAUAGAAAUGGUAUCCCCGAGUUCAUCUGACUCUGGGGAAGUAGAUAAAAGGCUUCAUUGCCAAAAUCCUGAAGUACCCCUUAAACUCCAGAACUAAGGUCUAUGAGGGAACAUAGGUCAGAAUUUUAGAAAUCUUUAUCAAUAGAUACUAAGUUGAAGUUAAAGUUGAAAUGUUUCAAAACUCAAUCUAACUGGCGAUAUGUUAGACAUGUCAUUUGAAAGGCCUUAAUUUAAUUUUGAAUCAUGUUUUGGUAGUUGUGUAUUGGUGAUCCACAGAUGUACAUGGCUAUUGCUUUAUGUAUGAUCAAUUUUUGUAUGUUUAAAAAAAAAAUAGAAAAAAAAUCUAAAUAAUGUUUGUUUUUUUUAAGCACUAUGCUUUUCUCUGAUAUGAAGCAGGGCUUUGACUUCAUUCUACCUCAACUACAGCAGAUCUAUAUGGAGGGUUUGGGCAGAUUGUAGAAGCGAUCUUUUUUUUUUAUUGCAUGGGGAGAGGGUUGGUUGAGGUACACAAGUGCACCUAAGCCACUGCAAAUGCUUCACUGUAGUAGGUCAAUGUUGAUGAUAAAACUGAUGUAACCCUCAUCCACUUAGUGGAGCAAUGCAUUCACCUGCUUUUGUGUUCAGAAGUAUAGUAUGUAUGUAUGUAUGUAUGUAUGUAUUAUAUUAUUUGAGAAUUACUUCGAGAUUGAAGAAGUGUAGUGGAAGAUAAAACAGGAAAAAACACUACAGAGUUCUACAAGAAACAGAGGUAGGCUAUAGUACCUACUUCAAGCAAUUGAAAGCACCUAUUCAGUUGUCCUUUUAUUUAGAUAAAUAUUGAAAAUGUUCUUUAUACCUCAGAAGUUAGUUUUGCCUUGGACAAAACCAAUCAGAUUCCAAGAUACACUGAACAGUUAUUUUUCAUUUUCUAUUUAUUUUUUUCUUAGUCACUUCUAUUUUUUUUUUUUUUGCUGUGUGUGGGAGUAAAUGAGUCUGAAUGAAUUUUUACAAAUCCUUAAUUUGUUUGACCAUAAAAUAUACACUAUAUAUACAA